CAUUUUUAUCGUCCUUACAGAAGAGCUACAUGUAAAUUUAAGAUGGACUCGAAUUCUCAUAUACCAACAACAAUGUUCACAAAAUGGAAAUCAUAUUUGACAUCGGGAGAAACAUCCCAACUAUUACAAUUCUUAGAAGAAUACAUACAUUUAUUUGGACAUUUUUUAGACCUUGAAUUUCAGCAACUUAGUGAAGGCUUGUACAAUGAAAGCCCACCCAGUUUAACCCAACACCCAGAGUCCUUACUUGAUCAUUUAGGAAGAGAAAUACUGAAGUGCAGCUGUGAUUUGGCUAGAGAUAUUCAACAAGACAGCCUGGAAUUAUUGGCAGCUAUUAUGAAGUGCCUUAUAAUUAUAUGCAGAAAUUAUGACAACGUGCUUUUUGUAGCGUCCUGUGAUUUUGUUAAGCAUGCAGUGGCCAGUGCUCAGACUAUUCUGUCCAAUCUCACAAGUGGCAGCAAGCAAACAUUGAGCACAGCUUUGUUGAACAUGAUGGAGCUGAAUGUCAAGUUGGUUUUGCAUUUUCUGGAGUGUUUGUAUGAUCCUUACUUUGUUUGGAGAAAAAGAUUAAAAGGAUGGACAGUUGAUGUAGAACAGUUAAUUUCCCAGCCAGCAUUGGUGCAUAAUGAGGUCAUUCCAUUUUUUCAUGAGUGUUUUCAGAAACCCAGUCUUUCACAGGAGCUGCAACGCUCUCUUCUUCAUAUGUUUGGUGCCAUAAUGUCUGGCUCUCAGGUUAAUGCCGUCAGGACAGUGACCCCCGCUACACUUGAUGUCCUACUCUCCUUGCUGUCCAGUAAAGCACAGUGCAGCUUCAGUGUCACGGAUGACAGAUACCAUGAGCUCCAGACCCUCACCCUGCGAUGCAUGGUCAUAAUGAUUCACACUAUACAUUCCUGCAGUCCUGAUGAGCGCCAAGUAGAAGUACCAGAAGUGUUCUCAAAUUUCUUGGAAGUGAUAUUUACGCUGAGUGCCAGCAUUCGUCAAGUUGACAUUCUGUGUGCAAUGAUAGGCAGCAUUGGAGACAUAGUGAACUGCUCGGAUAAAGUGGCACUACAGGCAUUGGUGAUGAGUGACAACCUGUUUGAAGGACUUGUCUCCUUGUUAAAAGGCAGCCAGUUUCAGGGACUAGAUCUUCAAAAACUUGCUUGUGCAAUAGUCAAAACACUACAGAGCAUUUUCUCUGGGUCACCGAGUGCAAAGGGAAUGUUUGAGAUGUGUGUUGGAUAUAACGAGUUCCUACAGAUAUUGAAAGAUUGUGGACAGCCGUCUCGAGAACUGCUUGUAUGUCUGUUAGAUUUGAUUGAAGAAGGACCUUUCCAAACGACAAAAUGUCAUGUGAUAAGGAACACCCAAGCUGCUGUUUUGCUGAUGAAAUGGGUGGAACACAUUCAGACUCCUGAGCUUCAGGUGUGGCUGAGUGAAGAAAUGAAGAAAGUCUGCACUGCCAGUUAUGGUAACAGAAUGGCCUGCUGUAGAGGACAGAUGGUUGGGGUAUUGAUCUCUUUGUUACAAAACCACUCGAACCUUCAACUCAAGACUGUUGGGUACAUAAUUUGCCUCUUGGAGAGACUUGGUAACUUGUCCAUCUCUGCUUCAGAACUCAAGAGUUUAAUUGGUCUCUUGAAGCCCUCGGCAGAUAAAAAACAGUAUCCUUACACCACGCGACUGAUGAGGUCAUUAUCAUUUAUGGCAAGACGAGAUGGAUUGUGUGGACCUCUUCACUUCUUUGAUAUACAGAAUUUAUCUGAUGUGAUCAACUUACCUGGCAUACGCAAGUGGCCAGGUCCUGGGUUUUCAUUCUUCACCCUUCUGUGUUUAGAACCACACCCGAGUUUAGAAAGAAUAAGGCAGUCAGUCUCAUCGCUAUCAUCAUUUUCAUUGUCAUCUGGAACAUUAUCUUCACCGUACUACAGGAGAAUCAUUUACAGUUUUAGCAGCAGUAGUGGUUGUGGGUUUGAGGCUUUUGUGACGUCUGGUCUCAGCCUGACUGUUGCUACCUUCAGUAAAAAAGAUUACAGCACAGUUACAGUUCCAGAAGUCACUCUGGAUGAUGGUUACUGGCAUUCCAUUUGCAUAGUCCACCUGGCUGGUAGGAGAUUCUCCAACAGUCCUGGCCAAGUCAUCGUGUAUAUAGAUGGUAAACUGAGAACCACCGCACCACUUAAAUUUCCAAGUCUUUCAGAACCUUUCAAUAUUUGUCAAGUCGGGUCCCCUGGUAAGAAAUUGACAACAGAAUGUGUCAGCGACACGUCUGCUAACAGUCAACAAGAAGUGAAAAAAGUCUCUUCCUUAAAGUACAUGUUAUCCUUCGCUCUUCGAGGCAGUGAUACAUCUACUAGUGGCUCCAAUGUCAACACCCUAGCCUCCGGAGCUCAGGAGGAGACUUGGGGUCCAGUGACGUGCCUCCAUGGUCAGAUGGAGUCUAUUUGUGUGUUCCAUGAUUCCCUCCAGUCAGAUCAGGUUAAAGCCCUCCAUCAAAUGAGCGUCAAUUCACUGUUCCAUUUUUCCACUGAUGCAAUAAUGGCUGACUUGCCAAGUAAGCUGAUAGCCAGGUAUAGUGCAAAGGCUUGCAAGGGCUCUGUGUGUGCUGACCUUUCACCUUUUCAAAAUCAUGGCACAUUCUCAGGCAACAAGUGUAUCAACUGGGAUUUAAAAGAUGUCAUAAAUUGCCUGGGUGGCAUCCAAGUGUUAUUUCCCUUGAUAGAACUCUUGGACCAGAGAGUCAUAGAGCUUCCAGAUGAAAGCCCAAGUUCCCCAACAAGGGGAGAGGCUGAAGAGCUUGACCUUGAUGAUUGGGCCAUUGUGGAUAGUCGAGCUUCGCUAACAACAGAAAUUAAACUGGACCACAACCAACUGGCUGCGUUCAUCACCAUGCUGCGAUGCAUGCUAAAAGAAAAGUCGGUAAACAGAGACAACUUUGUCCGCUCACACUGUGCUUCCACGCUGGGGAUGCUGAUGCAGAAGGUUCAUCCAGACUUCAUGGAUGUGACUGUCUUGAUGGCUGUCCAAUAUCUGGUUGAAGAUUGUGAUGACAGGACAGCGGUCAAGUCAACAUUACUACAGCACAUCUACCACUACAUUUUGUUUGACUUCUCCUUAUGGAGCAAAACACAGUUUGCUGUUAGAAUUGGCCACAUCCAGUACUUGAACACACUCAUCAAAGAUGACAGGAAGUAUUUCAGAAACAAAUAUGGAGUUCAGUUUUUCUUGGACAUCAUCAGAGCUUAUUACAGUACACCAGAAGACAGUCACCUGAGCGAGGAUGAUGGGAAGGUGAUUAGAACGUCCUUGUUCUCUCUGAUCAAGUUCUACGUCAUGAAUACCAUCAAAUCAGAAGAGCUGACUCAGAUCAUGAGCUUUUUGUUGGCUGUGAAGCAACCUGCAUUGCUUUUGGAAGCCAUGGACCUCCUGAUCUCACUCUUAGAGAACCCAAACAGAAAGCAGGACCAGUUGAUACUAUUGCUGUACGAGGCUUACCAAGCCGAGAUGUUUUACAAACUGUUGACCUACCCCAGGCAGCCAAUCAUAUUCUAUGAAAAAAUUGUUAAGAUUCUCUAUAUCCUGUUGAAGUCAGAAAGAGUUUAUGAGAAGAACAAGUCUCGCCUUCGUCUGGCUGACAUUGGUCACUGGGGUCUCAUUAACUUGAUGAGCCUGUAUGACAUAUCAGCACCAAUGAUCAAGAGGUUUAUUGAACAAGUGUCUUUCACAGAAACACCUCAGACCUAUGGAGCCGUCUUGGCUGUACUUGGACUGGUACAUAACUGUGGUAUGGACAUCAAAUCUGAAGCUAGUAGGCAGUUGUUAGCCAUCAUCGUUUCCAAAUCAGGUGCCGCCAAAGGUUUGGCCAAGCAGCUUGGCUGGCAGGAGAACAUCACACGUCUGCUGACACUGGAUCGCAAAAGAGCAUUCUCAGUGGUUGGAGAGGACAUCAGCAGUGCAGCCAGAACUCUCAGGCCUAGGACACAACGGAUGAGUGUGAGUGAAGAGAGUAUUGUAGCACAUCCAGAGACAGGACACGCGGGUGGCAAGCAGGACAUCGAUGAAACUGACCCACAUCUGGAGCAGAAGUUUGUUUUCGAUGAAUCAGCAGAGGAAAAAAUAUCUAAGGCUUGUCCUGACUCGGUCUUUAUCCCAGACAGCAUCAAUGCAGGUUCCCCCACCAGGCCCACCAUGCUGCCCUUCCCACUCUCAAGUCCAGACAAAGACAAUGAAGACAUCCUCCAGAUGAUGGAAGAGCCUGCCCCCAACACUCCCCUGUACAUCAAGAGAAAGUUCUAUGGAAUGGAGACUCCAGACCUGGAGGACGGUGAUGGUCUGCAUAAUGAAAGCAGAAGUUCUAGCACAAGUGUUGAGGAUCUUCUCAGAGAUACAUCUUCCACUAGUGACUCCAUUGGCCUUGACCUCUCUUCCAGCGCCAGCAAUGUGUCCAUUUCCUCUGGCGUCUUUGAAGGGGACAGCACUUCCAGGGACUCUCGCUCAUCCCUAGACACCAUCGGCAAUGUAGACGACCUGGUUCAGAUGAGAUCACCAACUUGCAGAAGGGACUCUUCUGCCGAGAACAUCUUAAGUAGAGACGAUGAUUCCUUGAGGGCUUCUGCUGUUUUUCAGAAAGAAAGUUUCAAAAAGGUGUUAGACCAUGUUGGUGUUGAGUUGAAUGAUGCCACUGAGCAGAAGGAAGAGCUCUGUCAGAAUGUUUUAAUCAUACUUCUGUCAAUUAUGUGGAAGGGGAUCGAAGGCUCCACUACACAAGCUUGGAAUGAGAGGUGCCAAGUCUUAACUUGGAUAGGUGAGCUGGGCGACUCGCAUGAAUUGAUCCGGCCUCCAGACGAAAUCAAACGCAGACUGCUGGAAAUGAUGCUUCACAACUGCACCACAGACAUUAAGAAUAGUGGAGUGCAGACCCCUGUAGCUCUUAUGGAAAAUGCUGCUGAAAUAAUGCGUUUAGUGCAAGACUUUGUCACCCGCAUUGAUGUCUCUCAAGAAUCCUUCUCAACCAGGCUCCUAGAAGAUGUGAUGCUCCUUCUUACCGCACUUGGAAUCUGGGACUCACCAGCAAUGGUGGCCUGGACUGACAUGAUCCACAGAGGCUUCUCAAUACUCCUGGCAUUCUCAAAACAACCAAACCUUGAGUUAGUGUCUGCAUCGUCCGUCAAGCUUCAUGCUUUUGUCCAAACCAAACUCAUCAGUAGCUCUGCUGAAGCCUCGUACAUCCUAGGUGUCCUCAACUCCAUUAUAUUGAAAUCUAUUGAAGAGAACUCAGACAAUUAUACCUUCCUGAUGAAUGUACUCCGAGCACUGAUCGAAAAGGGGCAAGAACUCCUGACCACCAGCAUCCACCUGCCUCACUUGCCCAAGACAUCCAUGAACCCGUCGUUCUUUGAUGACUUCAAAACCUAUGUGUACAGUGAAGAAUGGCAACGCUUCAUAUCCAGCUAUGUUGGCCCUCAGAUGACCCACUUCAUCGAGAGCAACUUUGAGCAGGACCUUGCCUCCAUGUCCACCUUCUGGUCAGACUGCCACGAGCAGAUGAUGAUGAACCACCACAAGCACAACCGAGAGAUAGGGGAGAGUAGGCUCAAGUUCAAGGCACAUUUUGAUGAGGUCUACCAGAAGAAGGUGGACCUUGAGACCAGAAGGUUUCUAAACAUGCAAGCUCAGCAGAAGAACCAGCAUCUGUUUGCUCUGCGGCAAUGGAGGGCAACCAAAAGAUUCUUCACCGGAGAAAGAGGCACUUGGAGGAGCGGGCAACAGCAGGAAGUUCACUGGAAACUGUCCAAUCAAGAAAACUUCCAAAGGAUGAAAGUGAAGCUGACCCAAAACUACAACUUUGAUAGUCACAUCAACGCUAGCCGGCUCAGAGACAAUCUGGGAGUGAUAGAUGUGGAUAACUCCAUCCACUUGGAGGAACUAAAGAGUGUGAAAGAUGCUUUAGUCUCAAAGGAGGAUAUUGCUGAUGACAGUCUGGGAGAUGAAGAAUGGAGUGCCAUAUCUGCAUCAAGUGCCAACAUGGAAGAGUACACUGGUACAGAGAAGCUUGUCAUCUCGGCAGACUGUGACCUAAUUACUGUGACAGAUGAUAUCAAAGGGAGGCUAGAAGUGACUACAACUCAUGUUUAUUUCUUUGACUGCAGUCCUCAUAAAGAAGAAGGGGGAGAGGAUUUCAAGUGGUCGCUGUCACGGCUUCGAGAGAUUCACUUCCGUAGAUACAACUUGAGGCGCAGUGCCCUGGAAGUUUUCCUCAUUGAUCAAACUAAUUACUUCAUCAACUUUCCAGAAAAGCAAAUGCGUAAUAAGAUCUACAGCCACAUACUGAGUUUAAGACCUUCCAAUUUGAUCUAUAAAGGUCAGAGGUCACCAGCAGAUCUACUAAAAGCCUCUGGUUUAACUCAGAAGUGGGUGAACAGAGAAAUAUCCAAUUUUGAAUAUUUGAUGCAACUGAACACAAUAGCCGGUAGGACUUAUAAUGACCUCAGCCAAUAUCAUGUGUUUCCAUGGAUACUGACAGAUUACACAUCUAAACACCUUGACCUUGAGAACCCCAAAAGUUUUCGAGACUUGUCUAAGCCAAUCGGAGUUGUGAACCCACGCAACGAGGAAGAAGUUAGAGAGAAGUACGAUACAUUUGAAGAUCCAUCUGGCAUGAUAGAGAAGUUUCACUAUGGCACACACUACAGUAAUGCUGCCAGCGUCAUGCACUACUUGGUGAGAGUGGAGCCAUUCACCACACUCCACAUUGAGCUACAGAGUGGCAAGUUUGAUGUAGCAGACAGACAGUUUCAUUCAAUUCCUGGCAGCUUUGCUUCGCUGAUGGACAACCCUAAUGAUGUGAAGGAACUGAUUCCUGAAUUUUUUUACUUCCCAGAAUUUUUAGUCAACUUUAAUGGUUUUGAUCUGGGGAGGCUGCAGAUCACUUGUGAUCCGGUGGAUGAUGUGAAACUACCACCCUGGGCUAGUACUCCUGAGGAAUUCAUCUAUAAACAUCGACAGGCUUUGGAAUGUGAGUACGUGUCCUCUAAUCUCCAUAACUGGAUUGAUCUUAUCUUUGGCUACAAGCAGAAGGGACCAGCAGCUGUGGAGGCUCUUAAUGUGUUCUACUAUGUUACUUAUGAAGGUGCUGUGGACCUUGAUGCUAUCCAGGACCCCAAAGAGAGGCUCUCUGUGGAAGGCAUGAUUAGAAACUUUGGCCAGACUCCUUCUCAGUUAUUGAAAGAACCUCACCCAAAGAGACUAACAUUUGAUGAAGCUGUAACAAAGAGUGCCAAAUCUGGCAAGCCAAUGAGCAUCUUCAAUUUCCUGAAGGAUCUCAAGCCAUUUUUUGUUCAUGUGUCAACUGACCUGGACCCUUUGGUGUAUGUGACAGUGCCUAAGAGCCAAUCAAGAUCCAUAUUACAACAGGGAAUGCCAGACAGUCUGGUUACAAUAACAGAAGAAGGUAUUAUUGGUGUACAUGGGUGGCUUCCCUUCGAUAAAUCCAUUCCUAAUUUUUACACAUUUGACAAGGACCCGACAAUGUUGAGUCCAAAAACCAAGAAGCGAGUUGGAGGGUCAUUCUCUCCUGGGUUAAAGGUCAGUGCCAAACUGUUUGUGGUAUCCCAUGAUGCCAAGCUGCUGUUCAGUGGAGGAUACUGGGAUAACAGCCUGCAGGUGUACAGUUUAACUCGGCCAAAAGUCAUUAACCACAUUGUUAGACACAUAGACAUAGUCACCUGUUUGUCCCUUGACCUUUGUGGUAGACACUUAGUCACAGGCUCUAAAGACACGACUUGUAUGGUCUGGGAAAUCAUCCAGCAGGCUGGUGUAAGUGUCAACCUCAAUUCAAAGCCUCUACAAACUUUGUAUGGUCAUGACUCGGAGGUCACUGCCGUUCAUAUCUCUACAGAACUAGAUUUGGUUGUGUCAGCUUCCAAGGAUGGUACAGUGAUUCUACACACUGUCCUGAAAGGUCACUACACUAUGACUCUCAGAGCACCCUCCCAGUUGGGCUGGACACUGGACAUUCCUCUGAUGGCUGUGUCAGACACUGGUCAGAUUGUCCUCUACUGUGUGGAGAUGGAGAAGCAGACAGGGGAGGGGAGGCGAAGGCAGCAGGAAAGACAUUGCCUACAUUUGUACUCAGUGAAUGGGAAACAUUUGUUUAGUGAGCCGCUGACCUCCAGCCUUGGAGACAUGUGCAUGUCAGGGGACCACUUGAUUCUGGGCAAUGGCUCUGGACAGCUGACUGUGAUGGAAAUAUUUGGACUGAGGCCACUGACCACUAUGGAGUUGCUUCUCCCCAUCCAGUGCAUCACUCUCUCCAACGGCAACAGCCACAUCCUUGUAGGGCUGAGAGAUGGGAAACUGAUCAUCAUUGGGAACAAGGGGAAAUAAACAGAAAGUGUAGAAAGGAUGACAGAGUUGCCUGCCCUUGUGUAGAGCUUGUUGUUCCCACUCCGGACAUCAUUUGUAAUUGAGAUUCUGUUUAGCCCUGAAACUAUUAGCACUUGACUGUACAAAAUUUUAUUUAUUGUUUCCUAAACAAGUGAUAGUGCAGGCUGUUUCCUGCAGAAAACUUUAAGUUCAUGAACAAAAAACCUGGCAGACGUGUUGGACAUUGGUUGUCAUUGUUGCUGAUAUCAAUUUUGUUUGUAAUGCGUUGUUAUUGGUUUCUAAUUUAUUCAUUGAUAAGCUAUGUCAAGAGGCAUAACUCUUUAUGCUGGGGUAAUGCUUUUUAUAUUUUUUGGCUGUAGAAAAAAAUUAUUUAUUUGACAAUUUGUUUUAUUUGAAUGGUAAUAUUUUUUUUUUAAACAUGAAUCACUCUCCUGGGUUAUUUGACAAACUGUUGUAUGUGAAUAGUUUGAAGAGUUUCUUUCACGAAUCACUCUUAUUUAUGUCUUUGUUAUUGUGAAAUGCCAUAGAGUCAAGACAAUGAUAUUAAUGCUGUAUUCUCUCAUGUUUUAGAGUUGUUUUUUUUGGUUAGUGCAAGGUAUUACAUUCUUGUUGUUUGAGUGACAUCAAUAGACCAGAGUUUAUGUAUGUACCCCUCAAACCUAUUUAUUGUUCUUCAAAUGUGUGUUUCAAAUGUAUUGUAAUAUUACACUUCUACAUGAAUAUGUAUCCAAAAUAAAACAUUUAAUGAAGCAAGUUAAUUAUUUCUUUGAGUAAAAUAAUAGGAAGAAAUGGGAUAGUUUUAUGUUAUAACGACCUGGCUUUGCCCUACAUAUUAUGCAACAGUUGAUGCGUAUAGACAUGCUGAGAAGUGAUCCAGUUCCCUCUAUAUUCUCUGUUCUGUUCUUUCAUCAGGUCUUUUAAAGACUUGAAUGUGCUGGCGGUCAAAACUUUCUGCCCCUAUCUGUGAUUAAAAUAUUCAUUUAAAUUACUACCAAUCUUAUAACACUUUAAUAGCGGUUUCAAACAAUGCCAAGACACUAUGUUAUUGCUGACGAAGGAUCAUAUCAUUUUAGUGUCCCUGAAUACUCUACCUGUCAAAGGCUUCCUUCUGCACCUAUCAGAGAUAGAAAUGUUUAUUUAAUUUUGGUUUGACUUAAAUAGCAGUUUCAAUCAAUACUAACAAAGUAAAAGUCAUUGCAAGUUUAUUCAAGGCAGUGAUUAGACUAAUGCUCGUAACAUUGGGACUUUAGAGAAUGCUAAACACAAUGUUGGUUAUAUAAAUAUAUUUUCUUUCUAUGUGCAGGAUAUUUGUAUAUAUUUACCAAAAUUUGUUAAGAUAUUGAUCAGCUGUUUUGACAUUCAGUGAACAUGACAGAACCAAAGAACUCCUCCAGCUUUCACUCACAUGUUGAAAACUACAUUUAUGUCAAUUGGAUUUUUUUUAUUUAGAGUUUACAAGGAAAACAAUUUUUUUUUCUGAUGAACUGGUUACCAUUGAACUUAUUUAUGAUUGAACUUUCUUUUCAGAAUCAUUCAUGUUGAGCUUUUUUUUAAAAAAAAAUCAUAAGCCUUCCUCAUAAAAUUGAAAAAAUUGAAGAAGAGAAAAAUGUUAUUUUUUAAUUUUCUUUCAGUGCGUAAAUUAUCACAAAUGCAUAUCUUUUGUGAAUUAAAAUGGAUCAACAAUUAUACACAGCAUUAACCUUCAGUCCUCUUCAGGCAGGGUUUUAUCAAGACGCUUUUAAUUGAAAUAAUUUUCCUGCACAUUCAAUAAGACAUGCUCGACUCAAAUUUUAGUUCAUCUGACCAACCCUUACACCUGCUCAUUCCAGCAGAAUCUUAAAGUAGCAAAAUAUUCCUUCAACAUUCAGAUGAUCAUGUUUGGCCAUUAUAAAGGCUAAAAGAUUUUGUGUCUAGAUGUGGUCCAAACUACUGUGCAUUUUUUGAUGUAUUACUUUUGCAAGACACAGAAUAACUCUUGUUAGAUUGUUGUCCCAUAGAUUUUAAAUAGUUUACAAGUAUAUGGAACAAAGGGGAUUGAACAGAAUGUAAUGUAUGUUCUAAUAUUUAGAUUUGAAUGCAUAUUUCUUUUUAAUUAUUCAACCAGGUACAAUGGCUGUUGUAUUUAUGAAUAAUUUAUUGGCAUAUUUAUAUUAUCUGUGCAAUUUUAGUUAUAAACAUUCCACACAAAGUUUUUGAGGUUUGGACAACUAUACAAAUGUGUGUGUGUGUAUUUGAUUAUUUAUAAUUGAUAUAGUAAGACAUAUACAUAAUGUACUGACAUAGGUCAGUGAACAGGAAGAGAAACUUUGUAUCUUUGAUAUAUAUAUAUAUAUACACUCGGGUUAUGACUUUUUGUUUCAAAUUGAAAGCUUGCAUCUGUAAAAAAUAAACUUUUGCCUUUGAUUCUCAGAAAAAAACUUCAUGAAUUGUAUUCCUCCAGUUGAACUGGAAAUGGGAUAAAAAUGUUCUCAGCUUAUCCACUUAUCAGCUUAUCCCCUAUGUUGAGCUAAAAUGUCAAGAAUGAUAGUUUUUGCGGAGCUCUUCAAACGGACUACCUGAUAUUCUUCAAUGUCACUUCUCUUUCCAUUGAAAUUCAAGCAAAAUUCUUUGUAGAGAUCAGUUGUUGUUUUUUUUUUUCAGGCCUGCAUUACCUUUGACGACAUCCAUGCUCACUAGGUGCCUAACUUUUGAUGUUGCAGAUAAAUCUCUCUUCACUUCAAGUUUGAAUAAUAUUUCAUGUUGAGAAUGUCACCAUCUGGACUUCAGAUUUUUCUUAUGAUACUUUUUUUUUUUAAUGGAAACUCUUCGCCAGUAUUAGGUUCUGUGCUUCUCUUGCCUUCUUUAGUAGAAUAACCAUUAGAGAAUUCUUGCAAUUGACCAGUCUAAUACGCUUAGGAGGGGGCGCGGUGGUCGAAUGGUUAAGCUCUUGACCUCCAAACCUGAGGUCCUGGGUUCAAAUCCCAGUAAAGACUGGGAUUUUGAAUUUCAGGAUUUUUAGGGCACCCGAGUCCACCCAAUUCUAAUGGGUACCUGACUUUAGUUGGGGAGAGUAAAGGCGGUUUAUCAUUGUGCUGGCCACAUAACAUCCUGCUCGUUACCGUUGGCCAAAGAAACAGAUAUCCUUAACAUCAUCUGCCCCGUAGAUGGCAAGGCCUGAAAGGGGUAACUUUACUUUUUUUUUAUUAAGCUUAGGAACAUUUACGGUGCAAGAAUUUUUACCUGACCAAACAGGAAAAAAGUAACAUACUGGCAAAAGUUUAUCAAAUGAAACAUAGGGAAAAUUAAUUUAAAAACAAAAAUAAAAAGUCAUAACUCUAAUAUACACUGUGUGAGUUUGCUUAUACUUGUUAUACAGGUCAGGCCUCUUAAUGUUUACUUGCCAUGUUGAGUCAUGACAUAUAUAUCAGUUGCUUGAACUCAGUGAACUGUUGAUUUGUUGGUCCAUGGCCUACUUUGAUUUGUAGGUCAGUUUACUUUUGGUCCAUUGAUUGGUUGGUCUGUUGUCUGAAGGGGGUCAAUACUUGUUUGAAUGGUCAAUACUUGGUUGUUGGUUGAUUAAAUGGUCAAUAUACUGAAUGGUCAGUUGAAUGCUUUGCUGAUGUAUUAGAUUUUCAGUCUAUGUACAAGACUGUUAACGUCAGCUAAUAUUUGUACAUAUAUAUUACAUUAUGUCGGUAUUAUUAUUGAUAAGCAACUUCACAAAUAUUGAAGGCAGUAAUAUGGACUUUGAUAUAUACAGUGUAAACCCGUUAAUAGGCUUCAUUCCUUUUUAAUGACCAGGCCCUCCAGUAAAAUAUAAUGUUAUGGAAUAAUCAAGCAGCUUAGCGUGUUUCUGACUGUAUUGUUGCAAUAUGAUUGAAUAUGUUUCAUUUUAAACAAAGAUGUGCUAUUUGCAUGAACAAAACAUACAUCAUCUCACUAAAGCUCAGAAAAUAUGCGGAACGCCAUCAAAGAAAACUGUAUCUGAUGAGGAUGGCCUUAGUUGUUUGAAUUUAUCGGUCAGCCAAGUGCGUCUUCACUAUGAGCUGUUUUUUUUUAAAAGGAUAAUCAUAUAAAAUGUUUCAUUUUUUAACUUAGGCGUAUUUUGUGCAUAAAUUGAACAUACAUCAUAGCAUUUUACAUACAUACAUGUUAUCAUAGCUCAGAAUAUUGAUAUAUCCUGUCAGUCUAGAAGUAUUAUAUCAUAUAUAUUAUAAUUUGUUUUAUUGUGUAGCAAGAAAUAUAGAAUGUAGUACAAUUUCCUUAAUUUGGUAUUUCUCUUCCAAACCAGAAAAAUACUUGAAUUUAAAAAAAGAUUUAUAAUAUUUCUUCAAAAAUUAAUUUUUUUUUACUGUUAAUUUAUUAUAAUUUUUGUAGAAAGCCAAUACAAAAUACUUAUUUUCUAUACUGAUGGCUGUUUAUAGGACUCUUCUUUAUUGCUAUAUAUAUUGUAUUUCUUACCUGUUUGACUGUUUUCAUGCAUAACUUCAAUAACUUGUAUGAAUUAUUUUUUAGUCUUUCAUAAUAUGGGCUCAUAUCAUCAUUCAUUUUUGUGUCCUGACAUUGUGCUAUGCAAAAGAAAUACUGUGGUGUCAAGCUUUGUGUCUGAACUGAUCAUCUUCAUUUUUUUUUUUUUUGUCAAAGUGAAAGUACAGUUAUCUAUCUUGUUUGUGAAUUAUGUCCCUUAGAAACCAGUUUCUAUUGCUGUGAUACAUGUUUGGUUUAUUUUUCCUGAGAAAUGGAGAUGAAGAAAAGUAAAAAAAAAAUAAAAAAAUAUUUAUCAUGGUUUAAACUUCUGUCAGUGGUUGUAGAAUUGACAAGACCAUUGGUGCUGUCUGUUUUUU